UUGCCCCCCAGCUACCUGAACCAGCUGGACCGGAUCACAGCCCCCGGCUACCUCCCCAACGAGCAGGACGUGCUGCGGUCCCGAGUGAAGACCACGGGGAUCAUCGAGACCAAGUUCUCCGUCAAAGACCUGAACUUCAGGAUGUUCGACGUAGGAGGACAGAGAUCGGAGCGCAAGAAGUGGAUCCACUGCUUCGAAGGGGUGACCUGCAUCAUCUUCUGCGGGGCGCUGAGCGCCUACGACAUGGUGCUGGUGGAGGACGACGAAGUGAACCGCAUGCACGAGUCCCUGCACCUCUUCAACAGCAUAUGCAACCACAAGUUCUUCGCCGCCACAUCCAUUAUCCUGUUCCUCAACAAGAAGGACCUCUUCGAGGAAAAGAUCAAGAAAGUCCACCUCAGCAUUUGCUUCCCAGAGUACGACGGUCCCAACACAUUCGAAGAUGCAGGAAAUUACAUCAAGACCCAAUUCCUUGAUCUGAACAUGCGAAAAGACGUGAAAGAAAUCUACAGCCACAUGACCUGUGCCACAGACACGCAGAACGUCAAAUUCGUGUUCGACGCAGUCACAGACGUCAUCAUCAAAGAGAACCUCAAGGACUGUGGUCUCUUCUGAACAUCUGCGGGGCAGGAGAGAAAAUGACUUCUAUUUAGCAUCACCAUUCUGCUGAGCAGAGUCAAAAGGAUUAAGCAAAAAAGUUACUUGGACCCCACUUUUUCUAAGAUCAACCCAGCCACGCCACAUACUUUCAAGACCAAAAUAGGAAGGGGCUGAAGCUGAACUUCCUGCUCUUUCACAGCCAUUUCCUCUUUUUUUUUUUUUUGCAAGGAAAGAAAACCCUACUCUGCAGUGCUAAAACAAAAAACACAUAAAAAUCAGUAUUAAUAAACAUGAUCUGGAGGGGUUUGCCACACCAAGGAGAACGCAGUCCCUGGUACACCAAGAAGAAGAAUAGAUACUGAGCCAUGAUACUUCCAUCCUGCCACAGCUGUAGCUGUGCAAUAAACCAUUACACAGGAAAACCCCAAAGUAAUGCUUCUGCAGGACCCAGAGAAAGACAAGGCCCCUGCCCUUCCCCUCUGCAGGGCCACGUCUGUUUUCUUCCAACUCGUCAAAGCUUAACUGGACUGCAAUGGGCAGUUUCUGGGGAAGCUGGAUGCUGAGACAAAGCCCAGUUAUCUAGGAGUCAAUUCCUGGUAACCAACCUCAGUCCUUUUGAGAGAGAAUUUUUUUUUUCCCCCCUGCUGUAAAUAAGCCUCAAGACUUAAUUCCUCAGAAAAUUUUCCCUUGGAAAAUAAGUUAACAACUGGAGAUCCCUGCAAUUGUGCAAUCUGCCCCCAAACAGCCUUAAGUAGCUGAGGGCCUAUUUCUAGUAGCCACCUUUCUCUGUACAGACCCGUUCUCUCUCCACUCUCCCUGUGCCUGUUCCCCCACCCUAGGUAGCGGCACAGAUCCCAGCUCAGUGGUUUGCCUGCUCCUGAGACCACUAGUCAUGUUGCUUCACCGCCAAGAGGUGCAAAGUCCCAGCAGCAGGCAAAAAGGAACACAUGCAUUAAGGUCUAGAGACUUCAUCGCACCUAGAGAAGAGGAACAGGGUCAGAUAAAGAGGAAAUGGUUAUUUGAAAGAUUCUCAUUCUGCUAUUUAGAGCUGUAUUUGCUCUUUACUGUUUGUAAAUAAACCUGUACUGUUGUUGUAGACAAGAAGCCUUGUAUCUUCUCAGUGUUUACUGCAGAGAAUCACAUACAGCUCAUUUAACUGUAGGAGAAAGAAAAUAAAGAAAUGUGCUUGAAAUGGAUGUCUAUCAUUACUGCCCAUUCGCUUUCUCCACGAUUGUUUCCAAGCCCCUUGUGUCCAAAACCUUGGAUCAAGGAAUACUUUACAUUCUUUGCCCUGAGCCACAUUCCACAGUCAGCACACAUAUGGAUCCCCCGCUGAGAUCAACCAGUGGCCCAUGUGCAGAACAGAGCAGGGCCACCACUGGCUUCCCAAGCACCAGAUCUGGAUGGAUGCAAAGGUGCCAGGCACGCCAGGUCACCACUGACUGAAAUGCGAUCCUGUUUAGGAGCAGAGAGCAGCCAAAGCACCUUCUCAGCUCAAUGAGAAAAACAAAUGUGCUCGGCCCCUUGCAAGGCUGCGCCUCUAGUGCGACUCCAAUACACACUCAGGAAGCACUGUGCUGAUGCAUACCACCAUUAUGCAAGUUUUGCAUGAAUUUAUUCUAAAGGACAAGGUGAACUCUUCCACAUAUUACUAUGCAGGUGAAGUAAAGCCUCAAGGUCUGUCUAAAAGGAAACUGCUGGACAGUCAAUAGAGCUCCAGGCAACGUGGGAAAAAAAUCCAGAAUGCAUAUGCUCUCUAUAGCUACUGAGCACUGUAGCCCUACAUUAGAAAUUCUACAAAUACUAUGGGGCAGACACUGACAACACCUAGAAGCAUCCCUGAAAUAUAUCAUUCUUGCAGUGCUAUAUUUCAAGGCAAGCGUCUUUGAAGAUGGGUUACCUCUGCUUCAUGUAACUGCAGUCCAGAGCAGUCAUUUUUCUAUUUGAAAUAUGAAAUAAGACUUGUGCUAUUCAUAAGUAUCAAGCUAACCAACGGCCAAUAAUCCUGAUGAACGACUGGAUGUCCGCCGUUUUCCAUCUGUGCCAGCACAACCCAAGUCUUUGGAAGCAGCAGAACUGGCUGCACACACAGUACCAACAGUCACGUAUUAUAAAGCAUGAGGAACCUUCCUUAGCCUGUCCCGUUAAUUACGCCCACUCUCCAUUAAGCUGCUACCUUCUUUCUCCAACCAGGCUGACAAAGUCUACAGAAGGGGGGGG